AUGGCAUCAUCUAAUUUCGUUUGUGGAAUUUGUGACGAUUCUUUCCAAGACGUAACUGAACUUAUGCAACAUUUGCAACGCCACAAAGAUGAGCAGAAUAGAGAAGUGACUGAGACUCCUGAAACGGCUGAAACGCUGGUAAAUUCGAAGGACAAGGAGGAUACGUCUGAAAAAGCAAAGACCAAUCCGCGUUGGACGAAUGAGCAGUCCCUCGCCUUGAUUAAUGUGUACGGGGAGAUGAAGGAAGAGUUUGGUGGUUCCAAGCCGAAGAAGCAAGUAUGGGAGAAGUUUGCGAAGGCAUUAAAUUUAGGAUUCGAUUGGAAUCAGUGCCAGGGCCGCUGGAAGACUAUGUUGCAAGGUCGUAAACUAGCCGAGAACCACAAUCGGACCAGUGGCAAGGAUAGAAAGCCAUACAUGUUUGAAAGCGAGUUAGGUCGAGUUCUGGGAAAGAAACGGAACGUACACCCGUCCCAUCUUUUGGAGUCGAGCACUGUUGCAGCAAAUUCGUCCAAUACCAAUAAAAAAUCAAGGUGUAGCCGAUCGACCCUGAAUGGACUCGAGGACGAGGAUGGGCAGAAUGAUGAAAAUAAGCAGAAAGUCAAAAGAAAACUCCCCAAGAAGGCAGAUAUGUUAAAUUGGCUCACCGACUACAAGAUUGACCAAAUUUUGGAGAACCAGAAGACAAGAGAGUUGGAAGAGCGUCAACACCAAGAAAAAAUGAGUAUAAUGCUUAGUCUAGUCGACGUUCUGAAGUACAUUUCUAACAAAAAAUAG